AUACAGCCGCGCUGUACAGUGGUACCAAACAACAACAAGAAAUUUAUAAAUUUCGGGCAACGAAGCUGUUCGGUUGUGCGUCGGAGUGACGGGAAUUCUGUUUUCUCUUGUUCUUGCAAUUGGCGUGUGCAUUUCGCGUUUAUUGUUCUAAUUAAUAUUGUUGAUAAUUUAAUUAUUUAUUUUUUUUGUUUUUUGUUCAAAUGACUUGAAUUAUUUAACACAAAAGUGCGCAAAAGUGAACUCACGUUUCUUCCAUAAAUGAUGCCGCCAAAGCUGCCAGGCAGCUCAGAAGUAGCAGCAGGAGCAGCAACACCAACAACAUUAAAUCUGACGAAACUAACAACGAGUAGAAAUAGCAGCAACAACAACAACAAUAACAAUAACAACAGCAAUAAUAACUUAACACAUUUAAGAACCACAACAACAAAAACAACUAGAAGAAACACCGAAAACAGAAAAGAACUACCACAAACAUCAAUAUCGUUUCACAAACGCCGACGAAGGCGACAAUCGAACACAUUCACAAUGCCAACGAGAAGAUGGAGAAGUCUAACCGAUUUUAGCUUAAUGCUAUUAAUCUCCACUGCCUCUUCAGUUGCCUGUGUUGCCGCCGCCGCCUCCGCCGCAUCCUCCGCCGCAGUCACAGGAUCCUCCGCCUCAGCAGUGACUGCAUCCCCUACAUCUAGUAUUGCUCACACAAGUUUUAGCUCCAGCUCAAGUUCUAGCUCACCAUGUGCUCCGCAUCAUUGGUGGGAUGCCAUGCAGGAUAAGUGUAUACCCUGUACAAGUUGUCAGGGUGAGAUGAUACCAUUGCGACCAUGUCAAUUGCAUACUGAUACAAUAUGCGGUUCCAUCUAUGAUUUGAAAAUCGAUUGGGUUGUCCUGGCCAAAACUGAGCCCAAUUGGAAAGAGCGCCGAAAGUCGUCAUCAUCCUCUGAGUAUGAGCACUUUGAACAAUCCCAAUCGCAUAAGUUGGCCCAGUCGACAUUGCAGCAUUUGACCCAUGAGCAAUUGCAGCAGCUGCACGAUGAGGCAGCAGCUGCCUGGGCAUUGGAUUGGCCAACGAGUAUCUUCUAUAUAGCCGUAUUGUUCUGUUUGAUCUUCUUUACGGUUGCCGCCGGCAUACUCAUUCAUCAUAUGCGUCAAUGGCGUCGCAUGGAAAGGCGUUUAGAUCAAGAUGUGGAAGAGUUGUCCACAAAACUGAUGGCCAAAUUGGCUGAAGUGCAGAGUUUGGAUGGUGGCACAUUUUUCAUUGGCAAUGCCGAUGCCCUCAGGGGUCUGCCGGUCACGGCUGCUGUUACAGCUGCCCAGGGAGGUGGCACAACGAUGUCAGGGCACCAUCACCAUCAUCAUCAUCGUCAUUUUCUGCAUUCCUCGACUGGCCUACCGUCGGGUGGUGUUGGCAUCUUUCAGCCGCAGCAUGUGCUGUUGCCUGACAAACAUCAUGGCAAACACCAUCAACAGGAGCGACGCAUAUUGAAAACCUUACAGCCGGGCAAUGUCUACAUCGAGGAGAACAAUAAGGGUUAAAGUGCCACAGAAAUUGGACAGUGGCAGGCAGAGGAA